AUGUCGGUUUCUCCGGAUACCGUCGCCGCAACCACAAGGCUGCUGGCAUCACUCGCUUCAGGGGGCGCAUUAGCACCGCUGGCCAAGGCAAAGCUUCCGGGCGAGGAUACUGAAGAGAAAAGAGCUCUUGAGAAGGAAAUAUUCGCCCUAGCAAAUCGGAUACGAUUGCUCGAGCUCAAAGCAUCGGCUGUGAACCCAAAUCUCUUCCCGGAAACACCAAAUGAUGGCCCACCGCCCAUGCUAGCCACGCCAGACAAUAACGAUACUAGUACAACUACAACUACAACUGCAGCUGCGACUGCGACUGCGACUGCAACUACUAGCAACUGUAUUAACGACGGAAUCCUAUCUACUGCUCAAGUACCGCCCACCAGCAAUGCUAAGCCUAUCAAUAUUGAGCCUGAUUUGGAGGUGCUCAAACAACAUGUCAAAGCUCAAGAGGGCGAAAUUCAGAGUCAUGGGAAGAAUGUGGAGGUUUUGGUAGAAGAGAUCAACCAACACCAGCAUGCUUUGCAGAAUGUAAAUCAGGAGUACAGCAGGGUUGAGAUGUUGGAGAAAGAGCUCAGAAAAAGCCAGAGGGCAAACUUGGCCUUCCAGAAGGCGUUGAGGGAGAUUGGUGAAAUCGUGACAGCCGUCGCUAGAGGUGACCUCACGAAAAAAGUCACGGUUCACGACGUGGAGAUGGACAAAGAAAUCGAGAUUUUCAAAGGUACUAUCAAUAACAUGACGGACCAGCUGCAGACAUUCGCCAGCGAGGUAUCUCGCGUCGCUAGAGAGGUCGGAACAGAGGGCCGAUUAGGAGGUCAAGCCAGUGUCAAUGGAGUUGAAGGCACUUGGCGUGAAUUAACUGAUAACGUCAACACUAUGGCUUCCAACCUUACCUCGCAAGUGCGAGAAAUCGCUGAAGUCACCUCUGCAGUCGCCAACGGUGACCUGUCGAGGAAGAUCCACGUCCAUGCUCAAGGUGAAAUAUUAAUGCUUCAGCAAACAAUCAACACCAUGGUGGAGCAACUAGGAAGAUUCGCGCUAGAAGUCACGAGAGUGUCGAGAGAAGUUGGUAUUGAAGGAAUACUAGGUGGUCAAGCAGAAAUCGAGGGAGUUAAGGGUACAUGGAGGGAGUUGACAGACAAUGUCAAUGCUAUGGCCGCAAAUCUUACUGAACAAGUCCGAAACAUUGCUACCGUCACAACCGCCGUUGCGAAAGGUGACCUCAGCCGAAAGGUCAGUGCCAGCUGCAGGGGCGAAAUAUUACAACUCAAGGAGACCAUCAACAAGAUGGUGGAUCGUCUUCAGAACUUCGCUAGCGAAGUCACAAAGGUCGCCCGUGAGGUCGGAACUGAAGGCCAGCUUGGUGGCCAAGCGAAUGUGGACGAUGUGGAGGGAACUUGGAAGUCUCUCACCGAAAGUGUUAACGGCAUGGCUACCAACCUUACGCUCCAAGUCAGAAAUAUUGCAUCCGUUACAACCGCUGUCGCUGAAGGCAACCUUAGUCUUAAGAUUGACGUGCCUGCCGAAGGCGAAAUCUUACAACUGAAAAAUACCAUCAACAAGAUGGUAGAAAGAUUGCAAAACUUUGCAACCCAAGUCACCAAGGUAGCCCGUGAAGUCGGAACCGAUGGUAUACUUGGCGGCCAAGCUAGGGUGCAAGAUGUGGAGGGUGUCUGGAAAGAUCUCACUGAUAAUGUGAACGUCAUGGCUAAUAACCUUACGACUCAAGUGAGAAGUAUUGCAGACGUGACAACUGCUGUGGCGCAGGGUGAUCUCAGCAGGAAGAUUACAGUUCACGCACAGGGUGAAGUGUUAGCUCUCAAAUCCACUAUCAAUAAGAUGGUGGAUCGUCUCGAAGUGUUCUCUCGAGAAGUGAAGCGAGUCGCCCGUGAUGUUGGUAUUGAUGGUAAACUCGGCGUACAAGCUGAAGUCAAUGAUGUCGAUGGAUUGUGGAAAGAAAUUACGACGAAUGUGAAUAUCAUGGCGACCAACUUAACGUCCCAAGUGCGAGCCUUUGCUCAAAUCACCGCCGCUGCUACUGAUGGAGACUUUACGAGGUUUAUCACCGUCGAGGCCUCCGGAGAAAUGGAUGCUCUCAAGACCAAGAUCAACCAGAUGGUGUUCAAUCUCAGAGAUAGUAUCCAGAAGAACACCGCUGCCAGGGAAGCCGCUGAAUUGGCCAACAGAACCAAGUCUGAAUUUCUCGCCAACAUGUCUCACGAAAUCCGAACACCCAUGAAUGGUAUCAUUGGCAUGACUCAACUUACUCUCGACACCGAUCUUACUCAGUUCCAACGAGAAAUGUUGAACAUUGUCCACAAUCUUGCUAAUAGUUUGUUGACAAUUAUUGAUGACAUUUUGGAUAUCUCGAAAAUCGAAGCCAAUCGUAUGGUUAUGGAAGAGAUACCAUUCUCUCUCCGAGGAACCGUCUUUAAUGCGCUGAAGACCUUGGCUGUUAAGGCCAACGAACGAUUCCUAGAUCUUGUUUACAAUGUCGAUAAUGUGGUUCCAGACCAUGUCGUUGGCGACUCCUUCCGUCUUCGUCAAGUUAUCCUCAACCUCGUUGGAAACGCGAUCAAAUUCACCGAGAGUGGAGAGAUUACCUUGAGCAUUAAGCCCGCUGACCAAGGACGUUGCAAAGAAAACGAGUACUGCUUCGAGUUCUCCGUGGCAGAUACUGGCAUCGGUAUCCAAGCCGACAAAUUGGAUCUUAUCUUCGAUACAUUUUGUCAGGCUGAUGGUUCCACGACAAGGAAGUUUGGCGGCACCGGGCUUGGUCUUUCGAUUUCUAAGCGCCUUGUUAAUCUCAUGGGUGGAGACGUAUGGGUAAAGAGUCAAUACGGCGUCGGAAGCACGUUCUACUUCACCGUGGUCGUUAAACUAGCAGAGACCGAUCUUACUCUCAUCCGACCACAAUUGGCACCUUACAAGGGACACCAAGUUCUCUUCAUUGAUGACGUGGGUGACCAGUCCGGCAUUGCCAUUGCCGACAUGCUCAGGCAACUCGAGCUCGUUCCUAUUGUAGUCAAGAGUGCGGAAGAAGCCCCGAGAGCAGAUCACCCACUAUAUCCUGCUAAGAAUGGUAUUGCAUACGAUGUCAUCAUUGUCGAUUCGAUGUCGAUGGCACUUAAGCUUCGAACUUUCGACCACUUCAAAUAUAUCCCACUGGUUUUGUUAUCCCCAGUGAUACAUGUCAGUCUGAAAUCGACCCUCGAUCUCGGUAUAACAUCAUACAUGACGGUCCCAUGCCUCCCGAUCGACUUGGGUAAUGGAAUGAUACCAGCUUUAGAAGGAAGGGCCGCACCUUCGAUAUCCGAAAACUCGAAAUCGUUAAACUUACUGUUGGCUGAGGAUAACGUAGUGAACCAAAAGCUCGCUGUCAAAAUUCUUGAGAAAUAUCACCAUACAGUCGAGGUUGUUGAGAACGGUCUACAGGCCGUAGACGCUGUCCAAAAAAAGCGAUACGACUGUGUGUUGAUGGAUGUCCAGAUGCCGGUGAUGGGUGGAUUUGAGGCAACGGCUAAAAUCCGUGAAUAUGAACGGGACUUCGGCCUACCCCGAACUCCAAUCGUGGCUCUCACUGCCCAUGCCAUGUUGGGCGAUAGAGAGAAAUGCAUCCAGGCGCAAAUGGAUGAGUAUCUUUCCAAGCCACUCAAGCAAAACCAACUCAUCCAGACUAUAUCGAAGUGCGCGGCUUUGGGCGGUACCCUGCUAGAGCGUGGUGUUACUAAGUCAGAUGAUAGGAGGGUUGUCGCUAGUCUUACUCGGCCGCCGUACGACAGCAGGUCGAUGACCUCGAAUGCGUCUGUUAUGAGGCCGGAGGCGAGCGCCAGCUCGAGUGCCAUGUCGCCGACAACACUGACACCUGAAGAAGCAAUGGAGAGCAGGGCAAACCCGAUCCACUAG